CUGUCAGAUUUAGAGUAUUUCUACCAGGUCCGGCGUUGUUCAGAGCUGCAGUAUUUCUGCAAACACUUGUUAGUGCCUCACAGUUGAGUUAGUUUAAUAGUUUACGUUAGUGCAUUGUGACAUUAACGCGGCCUUAACGAUGGUGCAUUACGAAGAAGUAAACGUGCGUGGCUAUGAUGAAUUCUGUCAGGCUGUGUCUGAAAGAAAAGGGAAGGAUAUUUUUGCUUAUUUCUCUGGUGAUAAAGACGCCCAAGGAAAGAGCUGGUGUCCAGACUGUGUGAAAGCUGAGCCAGUGGUUAGAGGGGAAAUGGCUCAUCUUCCCGAUGGCUCUGUCUUCAUCUACUGUCAAGUUGGAGAAAGGGCCUACUGGAAGGAUCAAACUAAUGCCUUCAAGAAGACACUGAAGUUGAGUGGAGUUCCCACUCUGCUGCGAUAUGGCACACCUCAGAAGUUGGUGGAGGAGGAAUGCUUCAAAGCCGAACUGGUGAGGAUGAUGUUCACCGAGGACUGAAGGAGCCUGCGCUGUUUAACAUCCGUGGAGAUUUCUUCACUCUUAAACAGUCAAUUUUACCACCAUUCAUUUUCAGCACUGUUGAUAAUCGUGCUCAAGGCACAUCUCCUUCUGUCAUUUGAUGCAAAUCAGCAACUGUGUAAGUGUACGACCGAAUAAUGAGCAUCCUUUGUAAUAUUCAGCUAUUCAAUGAAAUCCAUACUGGAAAAUCUCUAAAGAAAAACACAUGGAUGUAAUUCAUGAUAAUAUUUCUUGUUCUGCUUUAUGUGCAAUCACCCACUUCUUUUUUUUUUGUAAGUUUGAUACAUUUCUUCAAAUGUAACAUUGUAACACACUAGUUGAUUAUAAAAAAAUAUCUUGAGAUUUUUUUUAUUAUUGUGACCAUUUUGUGUGUGAUGUUGCCUUGCAGUUGGACUCAAAUAAAGUGACACCUGAUGUUGAA